UUUUUCCAGAAAGGUAUGACCCGGAAGUCGUUGGGCAGCGUGUUUCCUGCAAAGUUCAGGGUUAUAUUAUAUGUCCAUCUCAUGUGCACUGUUUAGCUGCACGCUGUGCCACAAUGAACAGCUGUAGAAGGAUAGCUUGUAUGUGUGACAUGAACCACCUCUUCUCUCGGAUCAGACCACGGGCAGACUGCCUCCGGACCCCGGCGGCAGCACUGACCCUCAGCCGGAGUCAGACCACCGCCGCCCCACACUCUCCAGGCUCUGACACCGGUGACAAGCCCCGGCUGAGAGCGAUCGACCUGGCCCGGAAAAUCCGGCAAAACAGGGCGAAGACAAAGACUACAGAGGCUCCUAUGUCCGCCCAGCAGAAGAGGGUGUCGGAGCUGAAACGGUUCAGUCAGCAGCUACAAAAUGUUCACCCCAACGUGUUGGCCAAACACCUCCACAAGAGCGUGCUGUACCGGGACAAAGAUGUAGUUGUCAUCAACAAACCCUAUGGUGUCCCUGUCAGAGAAGACUCAAGCAUCACUUCCAUCUGCUCUGUGCUUCCUGUUCUCUCCAAAAUGAUGGAUGGGAUGAAGAUAAAUUCUGACUCUAUGCUGUUCCCCACUCUGGGUCUGGAGAAGGACUCAUCAGGAACUCUACUGUUGGCCAGGAGUGAAGAAGUAGCAGAGCAUAUACUCACCCUGGAUAGAAAUAACCAAUUGGAAAAGAGAUACUGGGUUGUUACAGUGGGUGUUCCUGUGCCAUCUGAAGGAUUUAUUGACAUUCCUCUCAUAGAGAAGGCAGUCCCAGGUCCUCAGUCACACUACAAGAUGGCAUUAAGUCCUGUUUUUAAAAUGAAUGAAGCAGGCGACGGUAUAACCAAAGUCCGAACCAGUCGGCAAGCCCAUCCUGCAGUCACCAAGUACAGAGUCCUGGACAGCAGCAGUGGCUGCAGCCUUGUGGAGCUCCAGCCUGUUACCGGAGUGAAGCAUCAGAUGAGGGUUCAUAUGGCGUAUGCUCUGGGAUGCCCCAUUCUUGGUGACCAUAAAUAUUCCCACUGGAGUAAACUGGCUCCCCAGAAAUUACCCGAACGCGUGUUGGGAAAGCUUGGACUGGAACAGAGCAAGAGCCGUCACCUCCCUCUCCAUCUGCACGCUAGACAACUAAUUCUGCAGGGAACCAGCCAAGACGACGUUAACGUGACCUGCCCGCUGCCAAAAUACUUCACGCAAACACUGGGUCGAUUGCAUUUAAUGUUUUCUGAUGAAAAAGAUGAUAAAUGACCGUCUCCUUGGUCAAAACAAUCUUAUCAGCAUAGUUGUGAGAAGCGAUAACCAUUUAAAUUAAAUGGGGAAUUAAAUGCUGCAUUAUUGCAGUGCUGAUAUGAAACAUUAUCGAGCACAGAAGCCUCUUUGUGAAGAUGAAAUGUUACCCAGUAUGUUCUUAGAAAGCUAUAAAAAAAUUUCUAUAAAUAAACGAACUGUAUUCGGA